GUUGGCCAAAACCAUCAUGACUGAACCCAAGGAUGUGACUCUCAUGAAUGGACUGGCUGCAUCUCUGAACAUGAAGGUGCACUACAUUUCCUUUUCAGCUCAUGCUGACUCUGCUCAAACAAGUGCGUUCUUGAAAGAGCUCAAUCCUCCUAACAUAAUUCUUGUACAUGGGGAAACUAAUCAGAUGAACAGGCUCAAACAGAAGCUCAUGAGUCAAUUUUCUGAUCGCAACACCAAAGUUCUUACUCCAAAAAACUGUCAAUCUGUUGAAAUGUAUUUCAGUUCGCAGAAAAUGGCAAAAACCAUAGGGAAGCUGGCUCAAAAAACACCCGAAGUCGGUAAAACUGUCGGUGGUUUGCUAGUUAAAAAAGGCUUCACAUAUCAGUUUAUGUCACCUGAGGAUCUCCAUGUCUUUUCACAGCUAACAACAACAAACAUCACUCAGAGAAUUACUGUCCCUUAUUCAGGAGCCUUUAGUGUCAUACAUCAUAGACUCAAACGGUUAUAUGAGAGUGUAGAGCAGUCCGUGGAUGAAGAAUCUGGAGUUCCAACAUUGCAAGUCCAUGAGUGCGUUACAGUGAAGCUUGAAUCAGAAAAGCAUAUCUCCUUGCAUUGGCCAUCAGACCCCUUGAGUGAUAUGGUGUCAGAUUCAAUUGUUGCUCUGAUU